UUCCCUUCUCUUAUAGCCUUCGUUCUCAUAGCUAGAGUUCUCUUUGUUCUGUCUGAGGAAGCCCGGCCCCCAAGAGCAAAUAAGAACAACACAAAUUAAUCUUAGGAAAGGGUGAACUAAAUUCCUUCCCUGACAUCAAGAAGAAGUUACCCUAUUGCGUAUUCUCGUAUAGAGUUCGCUCUAUUCAGGAGACGUACUGGAGGAAACAAGACGGAAAAUCCAUUUAUGGGAUAUUGGGCCUGAGAGCAAAACCGGAGAGAUGACAUGGUGCAAUGAUUCAGACGAUGAGAGGGCUCUUCAGAUAAUCACGUCUACUACUCCACAAGAGAGCAGUGUUCUCGACACGAAAACGGAUGAGGUCCGGACCAUAACAUGCCCAUCAUGUGGCCAUGACAUCGAAUUCCAAGAUCAGACGGGAAUUCAUGAUUUACCGGGACUACCAGCGGGGGUUAAGUUUGAUCCGACAGACCAUGAGAUUCUUGAACAUUUAGAGGCGAAGGUGCUGUCUGAUACGCGGAAGCUUCAUCCUCUUAUUGAUGAAUUCAUCCCCACACUAGAGGGAGAGAAUGGAAUUUGCUAUACUCACCCGGAAAAGUUGCCAGGAGUCGGCAAAGAUGGCCAAAUCCGUCACUUCUUUCAUCGACCGUCAAAGGCAUACACGACUGGAACUAGGAAACGCAGGAAGGUCCACACUGAUGAAGAUGGAAGCGAAACCAGAUGGCAUAAAACAGGCAAGACUCGGCCAGUUUUUACUGGGGGUGCAGUUAAAGGGUUCAAAAAGAUCCUAGUUCUCUACACCAACUAUGGCAGACAAAGAAAGCCUGAGAAAACAAACUGGGUGAUGCACCAAUACCAUCUCGGAAAUAAUGAGGAAGAGAAAGAUGGGGAAUUAGUGGUUUCAAAGGUUUUUUACCAAACCCAGCCUAGACAAUGUGGUUCGAGUAUUAAGGAUUCGUUUGACACACGCUUGAAGAACCAAAGUGCGCAUGAUAACAGUCUUUUACCUAAGAAUGCUGCCCUUGUGGGGUACGACAAUCCUCCUUUUAUCAACUAUGAUCAAGGGGGCCAUAAUAGGGAAAUCACACCACAACUAAUUCCCAACUUGGUUGUCCAAGGUGAUGGGUCUUCGUUUUUUCGAUUAGCUGCAGAUACAAGCAAAGGAAAAUUCGAGAGAAAAUAGUGAAUAUUGGAUGAGUUCAUAGUAAUCAUGACAACUACUCCUAAUAUGGCUGCUGCUAUCAAUAUUACUGUAUAA